AGGUUACGGAAAAAACGAAAGUAGCAUGACGAAUUGACAAGAAAGGAGUUUUGACACAAACACUCGUCAAAUAACAAAAAUAUGAAAGAAAAGAGCAAAAUAUUACUACCAGGAGGCUUUGUAAAACCUGGAUUUGAAGAAGUAAAGGAAAUAUUUAGAGAAAACCUAGCAACCGGUCUAGAGAAAGGUGGUAGUUUUGCUGCAUAUUAUCAAGGAGAGCUAGUGGUGAAUAUAUGGGGAGGAGAAGCUGAUCCAUUGUGUAAACGUCAGUGGAAGAAGGAUACUGUUUCAUGUUUUUACUCAACCACUAAAAGUUUGUCAUCAGUAGUGAUAGCUCAUUUAGUUGAUAAAGGGUGUUUAAAUUAUGAAGAUGUAAUAUGUAAACAUUGGCCAGAAUUUGCUCAAAAUGGAAAGGAAAAUAUAACACUUGAACAAUUUGUUAGCAAUAAGGCUGGUUUACCUGGUUGUGAAACUCCAUUUGAUUUGGCCUGGUUAAAAGAUAAUCCACGGAAAUUGGGACAUAUCCUGGCGGAACAAAAACCACUUUGGCUUCCUGGAAAAUACCAUGGUUAUCAUCCUUAUACCUUUGCCCUGUAUCUUGACCAGAUUGUGAGAAGAGUUGAUCCAAAGUUCCGAAGUUUAUCGAAAUAUUUUGAGGAAGAAAUCGCACAACCAUUUGGCCUUGAUUUAUAUAUUGGUCUACCAAAACCUCUACAGUAUCGUUGUGCAAGGAUAGCUGCUGUAAAUUCAUAUGUACAAUAUAAGGAGAGCAUGUUGGACACGUUUAAAGGUGAUAUUAGAGUGUCUGAAAUAACCCAAAAGAAUCCACGGGACUGGAAACAUAUCAAUACCAUGAAUGACACAGAUUUCAUGGAUAUUCCAUGUGGAUCAACUCAUGGAUUUGGAACUGCAGUAGCUAUGGCCAAAUUUCAUUCAAUAUUAGCGGAUGGUGGAUCAUUGAAUGGUAAACGUUUACUGUCUGAAAGUCUGAUCCAACGAUUCCAGAAACCGUUAUCCUGGGGUAUAGAUUUAACCUACGGUAUGGAAGAUAUAUACAGCUUAGGUGCAACAGUAAUACCAGCUCUAGAGGCAAAUAAGGUGACGUAUCAACAUUUGUAA